AAAUUCCAAUUGAUAAUUCUAGGAACAAAAGGACAUUCUUAUAAUACAACGUGAUAUCUAACAUCUGAAAUGUAAGGAAUGCGUUUUCGAGUAUUUUUAUUACUCGGAAGUUCGUUGAUCGUUACGACAAUACACUACAUUAGCUAUUCGACGUCAAUAACAGAAAUAACAGUUUAUUCUACCUAUUGAUACAACUGUCUGCAUAAAUGGUACCGAUAGAUUUCAUUGAAUAUUAGAAAGAUUUACCACCACUACUUUUAUCACAUUUCAUAGUUCUGAAUGAUUAUACUGAAAUUAUAGUACAUUCGAAAGUGAUUGGAGUACUUGGGACAACAGUCUCUCCUAUCAUAAUUAGAAUUAAGAUAUUACACAAAAUGGGUAAAUGAUAUUUAAUUCAUCAUCUUUGCCGAAUCAAAUUUGUUCAUGCUAAUGUAUUGUUACGAUAUAUAAUAUACAGAUAUUCUGUUAUUUUAAAAGUGUUCUACAUUUUAAUGCUUCGUGCCAUCGACCAAUAGCAUUGUAAAGUUCCUUUAUGAAUACGCUUGUACGCGGUACGACUGUGUAGUAUGUAUGUCCAUAUACUGAAAUUCAGCUUCAAGUUCUAUUUUUUAGCGUCGAAUACGUUGCAGGUAAAGAGAAUGCAAAGUACCUGUCAUUGCUUGGCGACGUUUAAUCUUAAUAUUUCUAUUUAUCGUGCUCUUUAAUAAGCGGGUAGCUCACUGUGAUUGUGAAAGUUAAGACGCAUUCAUUCGUGACACGUUUCUUUCGAAAUCGAGGGAACGAGAUGAGUUAAAGAGUGGAUAAGCUGACAUUCCAGGUAGCAGGUACACCUGACGUCACGGAACGUUACUCAUUUUAAGAAAAUGUGCUUCUUGUAACGAUCAAAGAAACGGGGUGUAUCUGAACAAAUCAUGUUUAAGAAUAAAUUUCAACAUCCUGAUGCUGAUUUUAUCAGGGUAAAAACAAAGUUUAAUGAAGAUAUCAUAAGAUUCUCUUUGAAGCGCAAAGAGCCUAUCAAUUACGAAGACUUCAGGACUUGCUUAGCAGAGAAACAUGACAUUAGCUUGGACUCAAAUUUUCUUAUUUGGUAUACAGAUCCUAUAGAUGGGGAUUUAUUGCCUAUCAACAAUGAAAAUAACUUUGCUAGAGCACAAGCUACAGCAAAACCAUUGCUCCGAAUUUUUAUACAAAGAACUGAAGACAAUACUGAAGACGUAAAUGGAUAUGGAUCGGUAAAACCACGCAAUCUGAUUAGCAGUAUUUUACAUGGAACACCUGGAAAGUCCAAGCCAUUACAAAUUUCUAAUCCCCACAACUUUCGACAAGUCUCAGCUAUAAUAGAUGUUGACAUUCUGCCAGAAACUUGUCGUCGUGUUCGUCUAUUAAAGCAUGGCUCUGACAAACCACUAGGAUUUUAUAUAAAAGAAGGAGAAAGCUUUAGAGUACUACCACUAUCUGCUGGCGGUGGCCUUGAAAAAAUACCAGGUGUGUUCAUUAGUCGUGUAGUACCUGGUGGUUUAGCUGAAAGUUCGGGUUUACUGGCUGUGAAUGAUGAAGUACUAGAAGUCAAUGGAAUCGAAGUGGCAGGAAAGACUCUCGAUCAGGUAACGGAUAUGAUGAUUGCAAACUCCUCCAAUCUUAUAAUCACAGUUAAACCCGCAAAUCAACGUGGAACAUUAGCAUUACCACGUAGAGGUUCAUUUUCUCGUAAUAGCCAAGUGUCAUCGGGAAGUCAACAAUCUAUGCAAAGUAUAGCGACCGGCAGCGACGACGAAGCUGAUGACAUAGUUGACCUUACGGGUAUUACUUUACAUAACGAUACUUCAACUUUCACCACUGUAUCUCAACCACUUCGUCAUUACCAUAAUCAUUUUAGUCAGGAUCAAGGAGUUCUGCACUUCUAGAGAGUGCGUAGCAUUAAUCAAUACGGUUGUUCAAAUUGUUCUUGAUAUAUGAUAACAAGAAAACCACUAUAACUUUACUAUUAAUAACUGGCAGCUAAUUAUGAGCAGGUUUUAUAUCGCGUACCGUAUUCUAUGUAAUUAAUGUUUACUUAUAGCGGAGGCAAUAUUGUCACGCUAAAAAGUUGAUUCAACCAAACAGAGAGCUGUGGAUUAUAUUUUUUAAAGAUUAUGGGAAUAGUAAACCCAUGCUUAUGCUGUAACACGUUAUGCGUACGUAAAAGUAUUUAAAAAGUGUAUAGCAUGUCCAAGGAAUCACAUAGUGCCUUGGUAUUCCUUCGAUACAGUUUAAUGUUUUGCAUUUAAUCAUCCUAUUAAUUAACAUUCCUCGACAUGUUCAUUCUACAUUCCAAGUGUAGUAAUCUCUAUUUAUUUUCGCCGCCUUUAAAUCAUUCAUGAUUGCGCUGCUUAAUCAGGAUAUUCCUUCACACAUUUGCAUAUUAUACAUGGGACAGUAAUUAUCAGUAUAUUUGGUAAGGGUGGAUAUUUAUUCUCACACGAAGAAGAAUACUCGCUAAAUCGUGAGAGUGAGUUAUCUUUUUCUACAUAUCCUCCUAUACUAUAAAUCGUCAAUUGUCAUCCGAAGGGAAGCAUCCUAUAUAUUAUUAUGGCGUUAAAGUUUUUGAAGUUUAUGCUGUUAUAUCACGUCCCUUCGUAAUAUAAACUUGCGAUUGCUCGCGUCUACAAAAAAUACAUUGAUACGAAUCAGAAAGUACUUAGAUGAUGUACUUAAAAUGCAGAGCGAAGAACAAAUCCUUACUUCGCAAAGCUCUUUGCCUCUGCAUGGUUUUUUAAUGAAAUUUAAUAUGUUCUUAUAGAAGAUACUUAAUAAAAGGAGUUGCAUUCGCACGAUGGCUCAAUGAAAAAUGAAUGACAUAGUUCACUUUGGAAAGAAGUCUUAUCAAUAAAUAUAAACAAGAAUAUAAUAGCCCUCAGUAAAAAAUAAUAUAAGUUGUACAAAGGGCUGACUUCUUUAACGUGUAAUUAAGAGAUCAUAUCUUAGUAUUAGAAGAAGAACGUACUGCAUGCGUUUAUUAUAUUUUAUUUUCACGCGUAUAUUAUAAGA